AUGGACUGGGGAACUUUCGCCAAGAAGGGGUAUGCUUUUGAGGUUGCAUCUCAUCAGAUAAUUUGUACAACAUAAACACUAGAAACGAUAAAACUGUAACGUCACAGAGAUACGAGAAAAGGGAAAGGAGGAAACCUUUGAGCCAACUUAGAAUCGGAAUUGAAAUCCUGAGAGUUGGAUAGGUUAGUUUUCUAGUCACGCAUACAAAAGGAGCCAAUUCAGAGAACAAAGAAUCGGAUCUUGGUUCAGAGCAGAUUUGUGACCUUGGUUGUCGUACAACAUAGCAUAUCGACGACAUCUUCCCAGCGAGACCUUGGAAUAAUCAGCAACUGGUGACAUAUCAGCGUGAGAGAAUUGGAAGGUCUUUUGGCUCAAAAGCAUAGGAGGGGCAAGAACACCAUCAUCGUUCUGACAUCCUCAAAUUUACAAACGAUAAGCAGCAUUUUUGAUUCACACGAUACCGACGUUUAUGCCUCCCACAAUUCAAUUGAUAUUGUGACUAGUUCGAUUUCUAUCCAGGAACCAAAAGCGCCACCACUCGAUGGGCACGAGACUAUUCGAAAAUUGGAAUUCGUUGUUUGAGAAGUAUUGGUCACAAAGAAAAUCUUGUUUCUAAAUCUGCGAAGACAUCUCCAUAAACAAACUUCGAUUCUGCUGGUAUUCACCACUUUAUCUUCAUAUUUAAAUUGAAAUCCAAGAGCGGCAAACACCCAAAGCAUCAAAUCAAUCUGUUGACAAUUGGAACAAAGUCGCCCUCGGACCUCUGAAUACUUACAGGCCUAGGAUCGAAAGUCUGCACUCUGCAUAAAGCCACCGGAUAUAGAUUCACCUUCAAUAUCCACACAGAAAGGCCUCUUUACCUUCUUUACAUUCAAGGUCGACCUUAUCAAGCUUUGAGCCUGGGUACGAUGUUCUUACAGAAGCUCCGAUCAUUUUCCUUUUCAUCAAAUCCAAAAAUUCCUCGGAAUAACGACAAGAAACAUCAUCGACGUCGUAAGUCACUCAGAACUCCGAAUUCAGAACACAGAAAUCCUCUAUCACCAUCUACAACCAAUUCUACCAAGGAUUCCCAUACUUCUCAGCGGAAAACGAAUAUAUGUGCAGAAGCUACGGACAUAAUUAAAGAGAACAACGGAGAGGGAGAGAAGAAUGGAGAGGGAGAGAACCAUAGAGAGGGAGAGAACCAUGGAGAGGGAGAGAAUCAAGAAGGACGAGAUUUCAGAGAAUAUUUAGAAAAGUGUCGGAAGGCAGAAGAGGCGGAGGAAAGGAAGAGGAAGAAAAUGGCGGAAAAGAGGAAGGAGGUUAAUCUGAGUCCGUGGGCUAGGAGGAUGUAAAGCCGAGGAAUGGAGGAAGUUGAGUCAGGCUCACUUUCUUUCUUUUUGGAGUGAGAGAAAAGAAAGUCGGGCUCUGAGACAGCUUGAUACGCAACACAGGAUGCCACACGCAAAUAAGUCGGGGGAACGACGAUACAGCACAUGAGAUAUCCCUUGAAGAAUCCCUCAGUAGACUUCCAAGAAUACGAGACACGAAUAAGCCAUAGAUUCUUCUUGCCACUCGACUCACUAUUCCACUCGGAUAGAAUUAUUUGGAAUUAUUACACAAUUCAGGGACGACUCAGCAACUUUGUCAGCCAGGAAAUCAAACAGCAAGAAAGACUUUACGAACCUCGAAUUCCGCCAACAACAAAAACCACAGCCAUUCAAUGUACUGCUACACUUGAGCUUAAAGCUCUACCUCUCAGCUUGUACAUCUCCCCGCCAGGAGUGUCGCCUUCCCCAACAACAGACGACAUAAACCACAACAGUAUUUACGAUCUCAUGAUAUCCAGAUUUCAUUUCCCUAGCCAGCGCCUUUUCUACUCCAACAGAUACCCUUCAACAAUUUUCAUAGCUUAAUUUUCGUUAUUUGUCGCCUUGCGAUCUGAGAUUGGGACACAUUAGAAUUUAGACAUAUUUCCACAGCGCGUAUUCCGAGAUCUGCAAUCAAUAAUAUUCGUAAUCCAAUACUAAUGAAUUUUCU